AGGUCCUCCGGUCUGACAAGGGUGUGGGGGUCAGGGGCGAGGCACUCGCACCCUAGGAUUGACUGUGUCCUGGGGUUCGGCGGGCGGGGGCGUGCUUCCCCGCCACACCCUAUCCUAUCUGCUUGCCCUGCCUGGGGCUUCACUGUGUCUCUGGCCAUCGCCUUCUAGGACUUGCCCAGCCCACACCAGGUCGCGCACCAGCGAUUUCUCCCGUAGAACAAAGAAGGAAAUAGAGGGACUGAGAAGGGUGGAACUCGAAUCCAUCUCCCACCUCACCCCACCCCACACUACCUCUCCACUCCACUUCACACAUCCCAUCCAGCCAGCCCUUUCUGUCUGCUGGAGCCUCGGCAGCUGUCCGAGCCCCGCCCCGCGGGCUCGCACGUGGCCCCCGCCUGACCCGGCGCCCCGGGGCGGAGUAGGGCGGAGCGGGCGGCAAACGCAGCACUUUCCGUGGCUUUGACCAGCCCGCCCCGGCCAGGCCCGAGCGCUGAGCCGGGCCGAGACUGCACCAUGCAGGAAGCGCCAGCAGUGCUGCCCACGGAGCCAGGACCCAGCCCCGUGCCUGCCUUUCUUGGCAAGCUAUGGGCGCUGGUGGGCGACCCAGGCACAGACCACCUGAUCCGCUGGAGCCCGAGCGGGACCAGUUUCCUUGUAAGCGACCAGAGCCGCUUCGCCAAGGAAGUGCUGCCCCAGUAUUUCAAGCACAGCAACAUGGCGAGCUUCGUACGCCAACUCAACAUGUACGGUUUUCGGAAGGUGGUGAGCAUCGAGCAGGGCGGCCUGCUCAGGCCGGAGCGUGACCACGUCGAGUUCCAGCACCCGAGCUUCGUGCGGGGCCGAGAGCAGCUACUGGAGCGCGUGCGGCGCAAGGUGCCGGCACUGCGCGGAGAGGAUGGCCGCUGGCGGCCAGAGGACCUGGGCCGACUACUGGGCGAGGUGCAGGCUUUGAGGGGAGUGCAGGAGAGCACCGAGGCGCGAUUGCGCGAGCUCAGGCAGCAGAACGAGAUCUUGUGGCGGGAGGUGGUGACACUUCGGCAGAGCCACGGUCAGCAGCACCGGGUCAUCGGCAAGUUGAUCCAGUGUCUCUUUGGGCCACUUCAGGCGGGUCCAAGCAAUGCCGGAGCCAAGAGAAAGCUGUCCCUGAUGCUGGAUGAGGGGAGCUCUUGCCCAACACCUGCCAAGUUCAACACCUGCUCCCUAUCUGGUGCCCUUCUGCAGGACCCCUACUUCAUCCAGUCGCCCCUCCCAGAGACAACUUUGGGCCUCAGCCCUCACAGGGCCAGGGGCCCCAUCAUCUCUGACAUCCCAGAAGACUCUCCAUCCCCUGAGGGGACCAGGCUUUCUCCCUCCAGUGAUGGCAGGAGGGAGAAGGGCCUGGCACUGCUCAAAGAAGAGCCGGCCAGUCCAGGGGGGGAUGGCGAGGCCGGGCUGGCCCUGGCCCCAAACGAGUGUGACUUCUGCGUGACAGCCCCCCCACCGCUGCCUGUGGCUGUGGUGCAGGCCAUCCUGGAAGGGAAAGGGAGCUUCAGCCCCGAGGGGCCCAGGAAUGCCCAACAGCCUGAACCAGGGGAUCCCAGGGAGAUACCUGACAGCGGGCCUCUGGGCCUGGAGAGGGGGGACAGGAGCCCAGAGAGUCUGCUGCCUCCGAUGCUGCUUCGGCCCCCCCAAGAAAGUGUGGAGCCUGCAGGGCCUCUAGAUGUGCUGGGUCCCAGUCUCCAAGGGCGAGAAUGGACCCUGAUGGACUUGGACAUGGAGCUGUCCUUGAUGCAGCCCUUGGUUCCAGAGCAGGGUGAGCCUGAGCUGUUGGUCAAGGGAUUAAAUUCUCCAAGCCCAGGGAAGGACCCCACGUUGGGGGCGCCACUCCUGCUGGAUGUCCAGGAAGCCUUGGGAGGCCCAGCCCUGGGCUUGCCUGGGGCUUUAGCCGUUUACAGCACCCCUGAGAGCCGGACCGCCUCCUACUUGGACCCGGAAGCCAGUCCCUCCCCCUAAGAACCUGGCCUCUGAAGGGGGCUGGAGUCAGUCCGUGGCUGCACACCCAUUUUGGCUUCCUGGCGCCCCCUGGCGGGGGUGAGCGAAGCCCCCACUACUCAUCAUCCUCUCUCCACUACCCUGAUUAGCCCUGCACAUAAAUUCCAUUUUUUUUC